AAUAAAUUCUUACCAGUUGCACUUUAUAACUGCGAUUAUCACUUCGUUGUAUUUUUUGCGCGUAAAAUUGCAAAUGUGCUAUGUUAGUACUACUUGGUACCUACACAAUCUGAUUUCUGAUAGAUACUUACAAUCUACAUCCACCAAAAGUUCUACCAUAUUACGAUAAUGAGGUGUAUAUUUUUGCGAGUACUUCAUACUUUAAUUUUUCUAUCAUACCGAAGUGACGGAUUCAAAAUUUUGGCAAUAUUUCCAUGGACUGCCAAAAGUCAUUUCACAUGCAAUAAUGCCAUUAUGAAAAGCUUGAUUGAUGCUGGCCACGAAAUCACCGUCAUAACAUCGUUUCCUGAACAAGCUUCCGCUGAAAGUUACUCUUCAAUCAUCGAUGUUUCUGAGAAAAAGUUGUACUUUGUUGGGCAAUCAACAUUCGACGAAUUUAUCACGCAAAAUUCAUUAAAAUUUUUAGAUAAAAGAACAAAUGUAGAAUUUCCAUAUUGCUCCAAAAUUCUGAAGUUGCCAGAAAUACAAAGAAUAUUAAAUAGUAAUGAAAAAUUGUACGACGCGACGCGGUAUUCGUUGAAAUAUUAUACCUCCAUAAAUGUUUUUUGCCCGUUGUUGAAAAAAUGAACGUACCUUUUAUCGGAACAGUGACAUUUAGGACCUGGAUUCAUGCAGAUCACGCAAUUCAUAAUCCUCAUCAUCCAGCUUAUAUUCCGCAUGAAACAGUAACCCAAAAAUGGAAUUUGGAUCAUAUUUUUGGAAGAAUACUAAGCGUUUGGGAUCAUAUUGUAGUACUGUUGUACAGGAAUUUCGUUGCUGCAAAAAUGCUGAGACAAUUUCACGACGAUCACAUCGAUCAACUCAAUUCUCUGGGAAAAUACAUGGAAAUUGAGCCGGAUAUAAUUUUUUAUAACAAUCACGCUUCUUUGUUACCCAGACCAAUGAAUCCAAAUGCGAUUGAAAUCGGCGGAAUACACAUAAAAGACGCCGAACCUUUGGCAGAGGAUAUUCAAAAAUUUAUUGAUGAGGCAGAACAUGGUGUUAUUUUAUUCACACUGGGGUCAGUUGUGCGAGCAACGUCCUUGACUAUUGAAGUUCAGCAGGCAUUCAGAGAAGCUUUUGGCGAUAUACCGCAGAGAAUUAUUUGGAAAUUUGAAGAAAAAAUGCUAAAUUUACCCAGCAAUGUUAUGAUGCUCGACUGGGUGCCUCAAAGAGAUAUUCUAGAACAUGAAAAUGUGAAAGCCUUCAUCACUCAUUGGGGAGUGGGAAGUAUGAAUGAAGCAGUUCACACUGCAACACCUGUAGUUGCUUGCCCUUUAUUUGGCGAUCAACCCGACAAUGUUAAGUUAUUGGAGGAUUUGGGAGUAGCUGUUCAUUUAGAUAUUUACGAUAUUACCAGAGAAAACGUAUUUAAUGCGUUGAAUGCAAUUAUUAAUGAUACAAGAUAUUACGACAAUAUGCAAAAGCUGUCGAAAAAAUUCAAAGAUCGACCGAUGACACCCCGGCAAAGCGUCGUUUAUUGGACUGAAUAUGUGAUCAGACAUCAAGGUGCAUCUCAUUUGAGAAGUCCUGCAGCUCAGUUGUCCUGGUUCCAAUUUUUAAUGCUCGAUGUCGCAAUUGUUGUAGCAACAGUUCUAGUCAUUUUUGUGUAUUUACUGUUUUGUGUGGUGAGCAUUUUUUCAUCUUAUUUCGCACAUAUUAGAUUUCUCAAUAGAUUUAAUAAACCAAAAAGUAAGAAGCUUUAAGAAACUUCUUAUAAGUAGGUACCAACGUACAUUAAUCUAAAAAUAAAUUCAAAACAGAAACGUA